AUGAAUAAUACACUAGGAGAAAGGAUAAAAAAUACACAUACAUACAAAGCAUAUAAACUGUACUUUAACAGUAGAUUGAUUGUUUUUAUGCUGUCACUGUUCCUAUUUCAUAUAAUUAUCAUGCUGUGUGAAAUAUUCUAUCUAAUGUACUGCCAGAUGGCAUUAAAAAAAAGAGAAUUACCUGAAAAUAAUCCAUAUUUAAUGGACCUAAUCCUAUCAACAAAGGUUAUAAAUGUGUUUAAAACACAGGGGAAAUUGGCUGGUAAGUGGGCACUGCGUAGAGCACAAAGUACAUUCUCUAAAUUAAUUGAGUUUAUGAUAAUUAUAUCUUUCUUCUCCCAUGGUAUACGAGUAAACCUAAUGAGAUACACAAGGAAAUUUAAAGGGAUUGUGCAGAUAAAUUCUUCGCACAUGUCAGUGCAGGAUAAUAAUUUUAUAUGCCUGGCAUUUCUGGCACUGGGAAUGAAAAGUGUUUUGGGUAGCUGGAUUGUGAAAUCAUCUAGAAAUUCUGUGGAUUUAUGUAUGGCUACCCUUAUAGAAAUAAUUAGGUGUCUUAUAAUAUGUCCUAUCCUUAUGUGGUUGUUCAGCUCAGUAUACAAUAAGACUAAAAGUGGGUUAAUAUUUGCUGGGUAUGUUUCAAUUGUUAUACUUAUCUUUAUAACUAACUGUACUUCUAUAAUACCAGAUGGCCUGGAGGGAUUUGAAAAAAUACCAGCAAAGGAAUUAGGCCCUGGAUUAUAUAAUGAAUUAGUUAGGUUAAAACUAGAUGAUAGAAUAUUCUGGGAUCAAGAGACACCCAGUGAGAAUGCAGCACUGGUUAAGACAGGGGCUUCUAAAUAUAUUCUUGUAAUGGGAAAUCUUCUUAAGUACGGUAAGAAUGAAUUUAUCUCAUUCAUUGCACAUGAAGUAGGGCAUGCAGAUGAUUACAGUACAGAAAAGAAAUUGCUUGCAUCUGUGAUAGGACUUGGACUAUCCUGUGGUAUGAUGAUAGGUAUUCUUCACAUUAUUUCUCCAAAGUAUGAGAACAGAGGAGUUUCUAAAUUCUCUGUUGUUGUUUUUUUAUUACUUGCAAAUAUGUACAUAUUCUCUGGGUUAACGAAUAUGUUCUAUAAUAACCUGUACAUUUUAUCAGAAGUAAAUGCAGACUUAUACGCAAAAAAACUAGGAUUUGGAAGAACCUUGGCAAAUGGUCUUUAUCAGUUAGUGGUUGAUAAUACAGGCCUUCUAUUCCACUCUACAAUAUAUACGUACUAUGCGCAGGACCAUCCUGUGAUUGCCACUAGAAUAUCUUACUUAUCCAAAUAG